AUGGCAGAAUCUUAUAUGAAAUAUGCUCCAAGUGCGCAUGCAGUUGGAGAAUCAUCAUCAGCAAGUGGAACAAAAGUUGUUAGUUUAGGACGGACUCGUUUACAAAGGGCUAAGGCACGAAAUACCUCUAGAUCAUCUUCAAAUACCUCUGGGUCAGCUAGUAUUAGAAUAACACGUUCUCAAAGUGCUAAGGAAUACGAAAUUAGUGGUUCUAAAAGUGUCAAGGAACCAGAAAUUGAUGUUUCUCAAAAUAAUAUAAAGACUACAAAAAAAAGGAAGGUUUCUGAAUCAACUAUUCAUAAGAGAAGACAUUCCGAAUCAUUUUUGAAGCUUAGUGCAAGUGAUAGACCAAUACUUGGCAGUAACUUCAAUUCUAAGAUUGUUAGCAAUUUGAAAACAAAAUUAUCAACAAUGCAACUUGAACUUUUUAAGUCAACUUGUUUUGGCUAUUUGUUGAAUUUGUCUAGUAUAAAACUGCAAACACAGUUAAUAUAUUAUUUGUUAACUAAGGAGGUUGAAAAAGGGAAUGUAAAUGAAAUGGCGUUUCUUGUCAAUGUGGUUAAGCUACGUUUUGGCUUGGCUGAGUUUGCUUGUGUAAGUGGAUUAAAAUGUACUGGUGAUGUACAAUUUUAUAGUGAAGCUACGCAAAAGAAUAAUCGUUUAAUUGCAAAGUACUUUAUGGAUUACCCUUCUAUUUCUAAAGAACACCUUGUGGAUUGUUUUCUUACAAAAACAUUUGAGUCUGAUGAAGAUGCUAUUAAGAUAGCAGUGCUAUUUGUUAUAAAUUCAUUCCUCUUUUCUAUUAAGAACACCAAACUGAUUGACAUGAAGUACUUGGACUUGGUUGACAAGAGUGAUUACAAUAGUUAUCCAUGGGGAAUAGAUGUAUAUGAGGAAACAAUAUGGUUCUAUGAAUGUUUUGAAUAUUUGCAUAAUUUUGUCGCUCAUCGGUGUCAAAAUACAUCUCCACCAAUUCUUCGAUGGAGUGUUACACGACAGCUAAAAUUUGAAGAGUUAAAUGACAAGCUAUAUGGCUUAUCUUCUGAGAAGUUGAAUUUAAGGAAUAUGUCUCUUGAGAAUGAGAUUGCGGAUAAUGUUGAUCAGAAACAUGUUAGUUCAGAUGAUGAUUUUGUUGAUCAUCCACUUGAGACUUUAAAAACACAAUACAAAAUGAUGACUAAUGUGAAUGCGAAAAGGCAGCGGAAAGCUUCUAAUGUUUUGGAGAAAAAGGGGAAAGAUGUUAAUAAUUUGAAGAAUCAGGGGAAAGCUACUAAUGAAAUAUCAAAAAUGAAAAGUAUCGAUGCUAAUGAUUUGGAGAAAAAGAUGAUAGACAAUUUUAAGAUUUUACAAGAUGGCCAAGUUGAAUUGAAGAAAGAAGUAUCAUCAUUGAGGAAGGAAUACAAGGAAGAACUAGUGGUUUUAAAAAAUAAUCUUGCUGAGAAAUUUGUUGAGGUGUUCAAUGCAAUUAAUUCAAUGAAGAAGAGCAUGUUAGAGCAUCACCACAAUGGAGAUGUGAAAAAAGAUGUAGAAGGUGAUAGUGAUCGGAAGCAGGAUGCAUUCAAUGAAAACAAAGAAGCAUCUGGUUUUGUUGAUGUUGGAAUUCCAUAUGAAGAUAAAUGGUUUGAAAUGUGUGAUUUAGAGGCUCAUAAAUUAACAGGUGAGCUUUGUAAACUAACAAGAAAUGAAGAUAUUCCGUCUGGUAAGAUGACUAAAGAGUCAUUCAAUGAAGAUGUUCCAGCUGUAGAGGUUUAUAAAAAAUCAUCAACUAAGAUGAUUCCAGAUCAUGAAUUUGAGAUGACUGACACUCAAAUUGAUUGUCAGAUUCAUAAAUUAACUUCCAAAUAUGUUAAUGAGUCCAUAGGUGUUGCUCCUGUAAUGACAACUACUCCAAAAUGCUCUACACCUGAAGAAGAUGUAGAGCAACAAGAAUUAAAAAACCUCUUGUACCUCGUGUUAUUAUUAAAAGGGGAUCACCCUUUUAAAAUAUCAAUUACUGAAGAAAUUCUUGUAUCAAUUAGAGAUGACGUUAGUAAGUUUGUUCAAACAAAGUUAAUCCAAACUCGCAGGAAGAAGGGGUAUGAAAAGAAGGAUGAUAUACUAGAGGAAGAGUUUGAUCUUGGAAUUGAAUUUAUAGCUAAGAAGACAUGA